AUGGUAAUAUCAAGCUCUGGUGUCGAGGGCACGCAGUCGCGCCCGCGCCCCCCGCGCGUCCAGACGCGGCCGCCGCCUCGCUCCAGCCCGCGACUCUCCGCCGCGCCCAGCAGGCACAACGAGUCCCCUCGCAGCGGUCGCUCGCCGCGCCAGCCGCCGUCCGCCUCCAGCGACAGCGAACACGACGCGCGCUCAGACAAGGACGCCCCCGGUCAGCGUCGCUCGCUGCGCUACUCGGACGUGACGCGCCAGUUCGCGGCCCGGCGGCGCGGCGUCACGUCCGCCACGUCCGACACGUCCGGGACGCCGCGCCCGGCCGCGCGUCCCGGACGCCCCUCCCGCACCAGCUGCACCUAUAAGGAGGCCUCCGACUCGUCCGACGACUUCGCCCCCAAGAAACUGACGCGAUCCCGCAAAACUAUACAAUCCGAACGCUAA